AUGUUAAAAGUAACUGUUCACAAUGCAGAACGUAUUCCUAAUUUGGAACGAUUUACUAAUGUUGAUCCAUUGGUGACACUUAUUUUUCAAGGUAUCAAAAAACAAACCAAUUGGCAACGAUCAACAUGUGACCCAAAAUGGGAAGAAACACUUGAUUUUCCUCUUAAUGGUAUUCCGAUUCAAAGUAUGGACACACUUGAAAUUCAUCUUAAAGAUCAUGAAACGAUCGGAGCUAACAAACUCAUUGGGCAAGGAUCUGUACUAUUAGGUGAUGUUCUACGUACUGGUAUAAUAAAACGACGUGCUGUUCAAUUAACGAAUCCUCAAGGUGUUCUUCUUGAAGCUACUAAAUUAUAUAUUACAUUGGAAUAUAUUCCACCAGAUAGUAAUGAAAAAAUGCCAAUAAAUUUUAAAAAUGGUGAUCCAAAUCAAUUUGAUGAUAUACCUUUACAAAUUAAUGGUGAUAAAUCAUGGCAAUUAGAAGUUAGUGGUGAUCAAGGUUUGAAACGACCGAUUAAACAAAGAUCAACCAAAACACAAGAUUUUCAAGUUCGAAUAAAAAUUUUUCAAGCUCGUCAAUUAGAUGGAAGUAAUUUACAUCCUGUUUGUCGUGUACGAAUAUUUAGUUCUGUAAAACAAACAAAAAUUCAAAAAGGAACAAAUCAACCAUAUUUUAAUGAAGUUUUCUUUUUUAAUAUAAAUAUGUCUGAAGCUGAAUUAUGUGAUGAAAUGAUUGAAUUUGAAGUUUGUAAUUCGAGAACACUUCGAGCUGAUAUGAAAAUUGGUACAUUUAAAAUGGAUAUUGGCUAUGUUUAUUCUCAACCGCGACAUUCAAUUAAUCGAAAAUGGUUAUUAUUAAGUGAUGAAGAUGAUCGAAUGACUGGUGCUAAAGGUUAUCUUAAAGUAUCUGUUAAUAUAUUAGGUCCAGGUGAUGAAGCACCGUCACAAGAAAAUGCUGCUGAUGAUGAUGAUAUUGAAAGUAAUUUAUUAAAACCAGCUGGUAUUAUGCUUCGUCCAGCAACAUUUAUUUUAAAAGUAUUUAAAGCAGAUGAUUUACCAAGAAUGGAUAGUGCAUUUUUAAAUGGAGUUAAAAAAAUUUUUCAUGCAGCAGAAGAUAUCAAAGAACUAAUUGAUCCUUAUGUUGUUUUUUCAUUUGCUGGACAACAAGUUUCAACAAAAAUUAUUUACACAUGUUCACAUCCCGAUUUUAAUCAAGAACUUCGACUUGGUCUUAAAUUUCCAUCAAUGUGUGAUAAAAUAGUAUUAACUGUUAUGGAUUGGGAUCGCUUAAUGCACAAUGAUAUAAUUGGUGUCGGUAUUCUUGAUAUAUUCACUAAAGAUCAUGGUUUUCUUCCAACAUUUGGUCCAUGUUGGAUUAAUUUAUAUGGUGCACCACGUGAAUAUUCUGAAGUUCCAACAGUAUUAGAUGAAUUAAAUAGUGGAAAAGGUGAAGGUGUUGCUUAUCGUGGUCGAAUAUUUGUUGAAUUACAAACAAUUCUUGGUGAAACUCCAAUAGAACCUAUUGGUGAAAUAUCAAAUUCAGAUUUAAUUCGUGCAUUACCAUAUCAAUCACGAAAAAAAUAUAAAUUACAUGCAGCAUUUCUUGAUGCUUGUAUGUUAUAUGAACAUGAAUCAACAAUUGAAUUUGAAAUGAGUAUUGGUAAUUAUGGAAAUAAAUUUGAUGAUCUUGUUGGUAAUGCAAGUUGUUCAACAACACCACCAUCAAAUCCUGUUUUUGAUGGAACAUCAUAUUAUUUUUUACCAUGGGGACAUACAAAACCAUGUGUACAAGUUGCAAGUGAAUGGGAAGAUAUUACUUUUCGUUUAGAAGCAAUGAAUCAAUUAUCAAAAAUUAAAUUAUUUAUUACCGGUCUUAUGUCAACAUUAGAUUUAUUAAAAAUUAAACAAACAUCUGAAGAAGUUCUUGUACGACAUUAUAAACAAUCUCUUGAUAUGGUUAUUUCUCAUUUAAAAAAACCAUUGCCUGAAGCUGAACCAGGUCGUCAUCAUGUUAAUGAACUUGAUCGUUUAAGACGUCAAAUGCGUUUAAAAGAUCUUUCAGAUAUGAUCAUUAAAUUAGAAUAUUUAAAAUUACAUGCUAAAACAUUACAAGAAAUUAUUAAUACAUUAGAAGAUAUUAAAGAAAAUCUUGAAUUUCUUGAAGCUGAACCACAAAAUAGUAUUCCCGAUGUAAUUAUAUGGUUAUUAUCAAAUGGUAAACGUUAUGCAUAUUAUCGUUUACCAGCAAAUGAAGUUUUUUAUUCAACACAUGUUGAUCGUCGUGGUCGUCUUUGUGGAAAAGUUCAAACAAUAACAUUAAAAUGGCCAGGAAAAGAAUCAGAUAUUGGAAAAGAUAAAAAAAAAUUUAUUCCAGCAGAAAUUCGAAUUAAAAUUUGGUUAGGUUUAGCAAUACAUGAACAAGAUUGGUUAUCACAACAAAAAGGUGCUGAUUUAGCUAUUUAUGCUGAAACAUAUGAAAAUCAAUCAAAUGUACUUGGACAAUGGACUACAAGUGGACCAUUAAUGAGUAGACCAGCUUGGUCAGAUGUUACUGGAAAUAUAAGUUUACCUAGAGCAAAUUUUCAAUUACCUUCAGGAUGGCGAUGGGAUGGUGAUUGGUAUAUUAGUCCAGAAAUAAGUGCUCGAUAUUCGGAUGAUACUGGCCAUCGACAAUUUACUGAAGAAGUAUAUGAACAUCACUAUCGUCUUAUUGCUGGAGCUCAAUGGCAACCAAAAACAAUUGCUUGGACAGAUUUAACUGGUGAUAAAGUUCUAAGUAAAGAUGAACGAAUCGAACCACCAGCAGGAUGGAUAUGGGAAGAUGAAUGGACUAUUGAUACGAACCGUGCUGUUGAUGAAGAAGGUUUUGAAUAUUGUGUUAAUCAAACACUUGGUGGAUGGUGUCCAACAGAAAAAGUAUUUCAUUUAAGUCGUCGACGACGUUGGUAUCGAAAUCGAAUUCUUAAAGGAGAAAAAAUUUCUGAUGAUAAAAAAGAAAAUUCAUUUUUAUUUCAUACAUCUAAUGAAACUACACCUUUACUUAUUUCAUUCGAUGAAAAUGAAAAAAAAGAAGUUAAAGAAAAUUUAAAAAAUGAAGGAUGGGAAUAUGCUCCAAUGUUUAAUAUGAAAUUUCAUGCUGAUGAACGUAGUAUGGAUAUGACACGUCGUCGACGAUGGCAUAGAAAAAUGGUUCCAUCAGCUGAACAAAAUCUUAGUAGUGCAACUGGAGGACUUGUAUCAAAUACAGAUAUUAUCUUUCGAGUACAAUCACAAGUUCAAGUUACAUCUGAUUCACCUUCAAAAAUAGAUCAACGUCAAUCUGAUUCACCAUCAACAACAACAAAGGAAGUUAAAAUUGAAUUAAAUGCACCACGAAUGUUUCUUACUUUUAAAAAAGCAUAUUAUUAUGAACUUCGUGCAUAUAUAUAUCAAGCAAGAAAUCUUCUUUCAAUGGAUCAUAAUAGUUUUUCAGAUCCUUAUGCACAAAUUGGUUUUAUUAAUCAAAGUCAACGUACUGAAAUUAUACAACAAAGUUUAUGUCCAACUUGGGAUCAAACAUUAAUUUUUUCAAGUGUGGAACUCUAUGGUGAACCAGAUGAAAUUCAUCAUGAUCCACCAAAUAUUCUAAUUGAAUUAUUUGAUAAAGAUCAAUAUGGAAGUCCAGAUUUUCUUGGUCGUGUUCAAUGUUCACCAAUUGUUCGUUUAACACCUGAUGAAACAAAACCAACAAUUAAAUUAAAAUGGUUUCCUGUUAAAAGAGGAAAAGAUGAUGCAGGAGAAUUAUUAGCUGCUUUUGAACUUUUCUUAUUACCUGAAACUGAUAGUGAAAAAAAAAUGCCUCCACAUCCACCAAAACGUGGUUCUUUAUUUAUUGUACCACAAACAAUUCGACCUCAACUUGUACGAACUGGAAUUGAGAUUCUUUGUUGGGGUAUUAGAAAUAUGAAAACAUUUAUGUUAUCAGAUGUUGAAUGUCCACAAGUGGUAUUUGAAGUUGGUGGUCAUGAAAUUGAAUCAACUAUUAUUAAAAGUGCAAAGAAAACACCAAAUUUUGAUAAACCAUUAUUAUUUCUUGAUGUUAUGUUACCAAAAGAAGAUCUUUAUGUACCACCAAUGAAUAUUAAAAUAAAAGAUCAUCGAUCAUUUGGAAGAAAACCAGUUGUUGGUUAUCAUAUUAUCAAAUCUCUUGAACUUUUUCGAUGUGAUCCAGCUGCACCAUUAUUAACUAUAAUGCAAGCAGCUCAUGCAAUAUCAUCUGGAAUGAGUCCAACUGAAGAAGCUGCUGUUUCAACAGAUAAAAAAUCUAAAAAACAUCAUCGAAAAUCAGUUUCACCACAACCAGCAACUAGUUUAGCUGAUGGUACAGUUGCAACAACAACAAUUGCAUUAACAACAAAUGAAAUAUCAACAGAAGCAGUUGAUAAAAAAACUAUGAGAAAACGUGUUAAACGAUUUUUAAAAAAACAAAAAUCAGCAAGUGGAACACCAAUGAAACCAGAAUCAAAGUUAAUGAAAAUUCAAAAAACAAUGGCAGCUAAACAUCAUCAACAAUAUCCAACUGCUACCAUUACUGAAGAGCCAGUAGUUGAAGAUGAUAUUGAUUGGUGGUCAAAAUAUUAUGCAUCGAAAGGUGAACUAAAUAAAUGUGGUUCAUAUGCACAAAAAGGAUAUGAAACUUUAACAAUACUUUCUCAUCCACUUGAAUUACAUGAAAUUUAUGAAGGUUUUAGUGAUUUUUGUCGAACAUUUGAAUUAUCUCGUGGAAAAACAAAAUUUGAAGAAGAAAAUGAAAUAGUUGGUGAAUUUAAAGGUCUUUUUAAAGUUUAUCCAUUACCUGAAGAUCCAAAUGAACCUUUACCACAUCGUACAAUGGAAAAUUUACCAUCAAAUAGUUUAGAAGAAUGUGUUGUUAGAGUUUAUAUUAUACGUGCUAUUGAUUUACAACCAACAGAUUCAAAUGGAAAAUCAGAUCCAUAUAUUGAAAUUGAAUUAGGUAAAACAACAAUUGAUAAUAGAGAUGAAAGAAUACCAAAUACAACAAAUCCUGUUUUUGGAAAAAUGUUUGAAUUAAAAACUAUAAUUCCAACAGCUAAAGAUUUAAUAAUUCGUGUUAAGGAUUGGGAUUUAUUAACAUCAGAUGAUGUUAUUGGACAAACAACUAUUGAUUUAGAAAAUCGAUUUUUAAGUAAAUAUAGAGCAACAUGUGGACUUCCAUUACAAUAUAAUGUAACUGGUCCAAAUCAAUGGCGUGAUAGUGUUCGUCCUCGAAAAAUUCUUUAUGAUGUUUGUAAACGUAAUAAUUUACCAGUUCCUGAAUUACUUGAUGAACAGACAAUUAAAAUAGGAGAUUAUUUAUUUCAUCUUGAAGAUUUUGAACAAGAAAAACAUUUAACAAUUCAUGUUGGUGAUGAUGAAGAACGUUUAGCUUUAUAUAUAUUACAUAAACUUCGUCUUUGUCCUGAACAUGUUGAAACUCGACCACUUUUCAAUCCAAUACAACCUUUAAUUGAACAAGGUCGUUUAGAAUUAUUUAUUGAUAUUUUUCCAAGAUCUCAAGGUUCACCGGGACCUGUAUUUACUAUUACACCACGAAAACCAAAACCUUAUAUUCUGCGUUGUAUUAUUUGGAAUACAAGUGAUGUUAUAUUACAAGAAACAUCAAUAACAGGAGAACAAAUGUCUGACAUUUAUGUUAAAGGAUGGAUGGGUGGAAUUGAAGAAGAAGUACAAAAAACGGAUGUACAUUAUCGAUCAAUGGAUGGUGAAGGGAAUUUUAAUUGGCGUUUUGUUUAUGAAUUUUCAUAUUUACCAGCUGAAAGAUGUAUUUCAGUUAAAAAGAAAGAACAUUUUUGGAGUUAUGAUACAACAGAAUUAACAAUUCCACCUGUAUUAAAUCUACAAGUUUGGGAUAAUGAUAAAUUUAGUGCGGAUGAUUUUCUUGGUGCAUUAACACUUGACUUAAAUCGUUUAUAUAAACCAGCAAAAGAUCCUGAUUUUUGCACAUUAGAUAUACUAGAUGAUGAAUCAUCAAAUGCUGUUUCAUUAUUUGAAAUGAAACGAGUAAAAGGUUGGUGGCCAUGUGUUAAUGUCGAAGGUGGAGAUCCAGAAUUAACAGGAAAAAUUGAACUUGAACUUGAAAUUUUAACUGAAGAAGAAGCUCGUGAAAGACCAGCAGGUCGUGGUAGAGAAGAACCAAAUGAAAAUCCUAAAUUGGAUCCACCUCAACGACCUGAAACAUCAUUUCUUUGGUUUUCAUCACCAUUUCGUACAUUUAAAAAUAUUAUUUGGAGAAAAUCGAAAUGGUAUAUUAUCGGUGCAUUACUUUUAAUUUGUUUUAUUAUAUUCUUACUUCUAUUUCUAUGGGCUAUGCCAAGUGCUGUUUGGGCUCGACUUUUGCGUAUACCCGGGUGA